UGAAUGAAAAAGAAGAAAAGGAUGAUAGCAAAUUAGAUGGACCUUGGUCUUUUCUCAUCCAACAGGUCCUAUCUUCUCAUUUACUCAGAGCAAAUGUUUGUGAUUGAGUAAAUGUCUUGAGAAUCACUGUGGUUUGCUCUCAUUUCCUGACUCCUGCAGCACUUCCUCUAUCGUGAAGACACCACAAAGUGCCGAUGCAGAGAGGGUCGUGUAACAUGAACAGGCUGGCUAUGGCUGAGCCGUCACAUUGUCGAGUGAAGAGAGCCCGUACCCUUGCAGACCCAUGACACGGAGAUCCUGUGAUGGAUCGUUGAAGUGAUCCACUAACGUGAAACUAGGUGCAUCGAAAAACCAGAUUACCCCUGGCAUGGACCAGCCAAAGAAUGACAAUGACAAUGAUAAUCCCAUUGUUUUGAGAGAGGAAAACAGAAGGAGAAGGCGGAAGAUGCGAGCUAACACAACCAGGACCAUGCAGUACUAUUCACUGGAGCAGCUGGCCAUUGAGUUUGUCCUCCCCACACGCAACAAGCUCAACAAUGUCCAUGAGAAGCUCUCCCUAGAGGUGGCUGGCAAUUACACAGUGGAGCAACUGAAAGCCAAGGUUUGGGUGAAAGCUGGUGGCAUCAGCGUUUGCCCAGAUUUCUACCAGAAGCUCAGCCCUGACCAGUUCAGGUUGAUGUACCAGAAGAAGGGUCAGUGGUACGAGAUUUAUGACAAGCAUCAGGUAAUCCAAACGUUGGACUGCAUCAACUACUGGAAAACACUGCAGAGGAACAACGGUAAGAUUCACCUGGCCCAGAAAACGAAAACCUCAAAGGAAUCCUUGCAGUUGCAAAACGAUUUGAAUUACCUGAUUGGAUAUGAUGUCACUGAUGUGAGCAAUGUACAUGACGAUGAGUUGGAAUUCACCCGGAGGAAGCUGAUCACCCCCCAGCUCAAUGAGGUAGCCAGCAGGGACCCUCGGCUCUACUCAAUGGAUCCUUGGAUCAUUUCGAAGCCUCUGCCUGAAUAUCUGCUCAAUAAGAUCUGUAACAAUAACAUAUUCAUCGUUAUUCACAGGGGGACAACAAGCCUGACGAUAAAGGUUUCCAUUGACGAGACACCACAAAGCAUUCUGAAGAACUUCUUCAAAAAGGUGGCCAACAAGAAGGGUCUGCUGGAAAUCUCGGAGAACCACAACGAGGAGCACUUUGUCCUUCGGGUCUGUGGCAGGGAGGAUUACAUCGUUGGUAACAACCCAAUAAAGGAUUUCCAUUGGGUAAGAAACUGCCUUAAGAAUGGCGAGGAAAUUCACUUUGUCCUUGACGUACCCCCGGAUCCAGCAAUGGAUGAAGUGCAGAAGGAAGAGUGGCCUCUUGUGGAUGAUUGCACUGGGGUUACUGGAUCCCACCAGCAGUUAACUCUCGAGGGAAGAGAUCAUGACAAAGUCUUCACCAUAUCCCUCUGGGACUGUGACAGAAAGUUCCGAGUGAAGAUUAUUGGCAUUGACAUUCCAGUGCUCCCACGGAACACGGAACUGACUGUCUUUGUUGAAGCGAGUAUCUUGCAUGGGCAACAGGUGCUGGCCCAGCAAAGGACCCUUACAAAAGCCUUUACAGAGGAAGUGCUAUGGAAUGUUUGGCUUGAGUUUGACAUUAAAGUCAAGGACCUACCCAGAGGGGCACGACUGAAUCUUCAGGUUUACUGCGGUAAAGCACCAGUUCAAAGUAUGAAGUCUACCUUCCAGUCUCAAGAUGACAAUGCCUGGGACACCAAGAGCAAGAACCAUAUGCUGUAUUAUGUCAACUUGUUGGUGAUUGAUCAUCGAUCACUCCUCCGACAAGGGGAGUAUGUACUGCACAUGUGGAAAAUUCCUGAUAAAGGUGAAGAACAAGGGACAAUUGAGGCUGACAAGCUGACGUCGGCGACCAACCCUGACAAGCAGAACUCCAUGGCUAUCUGCAUCCUCCUGGACAGAUACAAUUACCCAAUCGCUCUCCCACGAAGUUGUCAGAGUCAGGACGCUGAGCUGGAGAGGGCGGGCCACGAGAUGCACAGUCAGCUCCGCAAGCAGUUCGAAGAGAUCAUCAGCACUGACCCCCUGAACCCACUGAGCACUGAGGACAAAGAGUUACUUUGGCAUUUCAGGCACGAAUGCAUGAGGCAGCCUAAGGCCUACCCCAAGUUUCUGAGCUCAGUAAAAUGGGGGCAGCAGGAUGUGGUCCUGAAAACCCAGCAGCUCUUAGACAAACAGGAGAUGUGGAACAGCAGUCCCUUGGAUGUGGGACUUGCAAUGCAGCUUCUGGAUUGCCGAUUUUCUGAUGAGCAUGUUCGGGCACUAGCUGUUGAAAAGCUGGAGACAUUGGACAAUAGUGAGGUGCUGCGAUAUCUCUUACAAUUAGUCCAGGCAGUCAAGUUCGAGCCUUACCAUGACAGUGCCCUAGCCCGAUUCCUCCUCAAACGAGCCUUAAGAAGUAAACGAACUGGCCAUUUUCUGUUCUGGUUUCUGAGGAGUGAAGUGGCUGAAUCGAUGCACUAUCGACAGCGCUAUGCUGUCAUUCUGGAAGCCUAUCUCCGGGGUUGUGGGAAAGCCAUGUUGAUGGAUUUCAUGAAGCAAGUCAAGGUGAUGGAGGCCCUGCACAAAGUCACACUGGAGAUUAAAAAUGUCACUGCUGACAAGUAUGACGUUUCAGCUCAAGCAAUCUCGCAGUUAAGACACAAACUUGAGAAGCUGCAAUCAUCUGGUUUCCCACAAUGUUUCCGAGUUCCAUAUGACCCUGGCCUCCGUGCAGGUGCUCUUGUGGUGGAUAAAUGUAAGGUCAUGCCAUCAAAGAAAAAGCCUCUGUGGCUAGAGUUCAAGUGUGCAGAUCUCACCUCCAUAUCCAAGGACACUAUUGGAAUCAUCUUUAAACAUGGAGAUGACCUGCGGCAGGACAUGCUGAUCAUCCAGAUCCUUCUAAUUAUGGAUUCAAUCUGGGAGAUGGAAUCUUUGGAUCUUUGUCUUUUGCCGUAUGGGUGCAUUGCAACAGGAAACAAAAUCGGAAUGAUUCAGAUUGUGAAAGAUGCCACAACCAUUGCUAAGAUUCAACAGAGCACAGUCGGCAACACAGGGGCAUUUAAGGAUGAAGUGUUGAAUCACUGGCUGAAAGACAAGUGUCCGAUUGAAGACAAGUUCCAGUCAGCUGUUGAAAGGUUUGUUUACUCAUGUGCUGGAUAUUGUGUUGCAACCUACAUCCUGGGCAUAGGAGACAGGCACAAUGACAACAUCAUGAUCACAGAGUCAGGAAAUCUUUUCCAUAUUGAUUUUGGUCAUAUUCUUGGGAACUACAAAAGCUUCCUGGGAAUCAAUAAAGAGAGAGUGCCUUUUGUUCUCACUCCUGACUUUCUCUUUGUGAUGGGCACAUCCGGCAAGAAGACAAGCCAACAUUUCCAGAAGUUUCAGGAUAUCUGUGUCAAGGCCUACCUUGCACUUCGCCACCACACCAACCUGUUGAUUAUACUCUUCUCUAUGAUGGUGAUGACAGGGAUGCCACAACUAACCAGUAAAGAGGACAUUGAAUACAUUCGUGAGACACUUACUGUUGGCAAGAAUGAGGAAGAGGCUAAGAAGCACUUUCUGGACCAGAUUGAGAUCUGUCGGGACAAGGGAUGGACUGUACAGUUCAACUGGUUCCUCCACCUUGUACUUGGGAUAAAACAGGGGGUUGAGAAACAUUCUGCAUAGCUGCUCAAAGAGACAAAAUGGAGAGUGAUAGACAUGGAAGUAGGGGAACAUUUCUCUCUGGAAUCUAGAUUACAGGUCAUUCAGCUAUACCACACAUUUCGUUAACACGAAUUCGCUAUAACGCGAUUGAUGAAUUGGGGAUAUUGUUUCUAAAGCGCAAACUUUUAAAACGUGUGUUGGUUGUAACGUGAUUAUAUUGUCAACAUUUUAAGUGCCGCUUCCAAAGUAUGAUUUUUCUAUAACACAGGGUUGCACAAGAAUGCAACCAUCAUGUUAUAGAAGAACUACAUGUAUUCCAAGAUCAAUUUGUUCAGUCAAAAAUAGUUCAGAAUCUAGCUUUUCAAUGUUCCGCUUCAAUCAAAUUCGAAAUGCAUUACUAUUUCCAAAAAAACAACAGCAAAGGUACUGACCAACACUUUCAGCUCAAAGAUAUCUUCUCUUUGAAGGGUUGAAACAAUUUCGAUCCUCAGCAUCAUGCAAAUGUAAGUUUCCUUUCACUUGAAGGAAUUAUUCACUUGCUGAGGUCUGCUGGAGAUUUUUAGAAGCAGGCUUACAACUUUGUUCGGACGAUCAACUAAAGAUCUGUUAAAAACUGUUGUUGGAUCAGGCACUCAAUUGUUCUGUGAUAUGCAUUUAGCUUCCGACUCCCAGUAGCAGAUGAACAUACAAAACCCAAUCUCUCUUUACUUCAACCCUUCCUCCCAUUACUGUAGAAACACUCUUACUUUAAAUGGCUCCAGUAGCAGCAAUUGUCUGAAUUGUGUUUUAAGUAGUGUUUAUACUGGAUGUGGUGGACGCAACUCUUUUGCAGCCACCCAUUUUUCUGAGUCUUUGGGGUCUAGGUAAAUAACCUGCCAGUUUAACUUUAGAAGGUUGUGCAGCUUUGAAGUUGCACAUUGGCACUUUGUAUCUGCCAAUACGGCAGACUCGCAGAUAUCUCCUGAUUCUUCACUCACCUGCCAUAAGCUGAGUAAAAACAAUGACUGCAGAUGCUGGAAACCAGAUUCUGGAUUAGUGGUGCUCUGCCAUAAGCUGAGGCUGUUUUAGUGUGGGCCACUAUUGCGCACUCCUGUCAUAUUCUAAACUCCAUUUGGAAUGCUGCACUCUGCUACCUCACUUGGUAGAUCAUUUUUGCAAUAUUUCACCCAGUCCUCUGGGACUUCUCCCUUUGCCCUGCCUUAAUUUUGAGAGAGGUUCAUGUAUGAUCCAGGCUUCCAAUGUUAUAUCUGAGGAUGAGAAAUCACUGGAAAAAGAUCAGCUAAUCUAUUAAUCAUUAGGGUGAGACAGCAAUGGUAAUGUCAGUGGACUAGAUUCAGAAGCCAAGGCUUCUUAGGAUACAGGUUCAAAUCCCACUUGGUGGAAUUUAAAUUAUAAAUUUAGAAUAUAGACCACAAUAGAUGUUUGUCAUAAAAACCCAUCUUAUGUGGUUUGACCUACAUGCCAGGCUAAACCCACAGCAAUGUAGAUGAUUUUUAACAGCCCUCUGCAAUUGUCUAACAAGUCAAUCAGUUCAAGGAUAAUUAGGGGUGGGUAAAAGAUGUCAAUGAUGCUACACUCCACGAAAGAAUAAAGAAAAUAAAACUAUUCAGAAGAAUAUGAAUAAUAUUUUAACAGUUUUAAAGACAGAAAAAGUACUGCAAGCAUACGGUCUUUAAAGUGACGAAAUGGAAAGACAAUCGUCUGUUCCCAGCAGGAAAUUUUCCUGAAUCUUGAGGAAAUCUCUGUGUUGUCAUUAAGAGCAACCCAGGAAAACAAUUACAGGGACUUUUGCUGUAUUUUUCUUCCCCUACUUUCUGCCACAGUAAAUUGUUCAUGCUUUCUUUCAAAUGAACCUUAAAAUCCUUGAAUGUGAAGACAAUCCAUCAACAAUUUAGGGCCUUGUUUGCUUCGAAUUCAGGUGGUUUAAUUCUGUCACAAUGCCUCAUUCUACAAACCAUUUUAGCAAAUCUUUUCCAGAUACUGGUCUCCCUUAAUAAUUAUGCAAAUAUCUGUGUAAGUUGCAAUAUGAACCAAAAAUAAAAACAGCUUUGAAACAUG